UCACCGAGUCCGCCAUCUUGUCGUCACGUGACAGCACUUGGACGUUGAAUGUCCAUUCUCCUACACCUACAGGCUGCAGCAAGACCUUACUCGGUUUAGUUAACUGGCUGUAAAAUUAUUGCAUGAUGUCAAUUACAAUUUAAAAACGACCCGUAGUAUAUCCUGGUGCAGCUACUGUAGGAAAUGUGAGCAUGUAGGUUGAUGGAUGGAGCAGACCUGCAGUCUAUAAAUAUAUGGUCUAUGCUAUUUCAGUCGAAAUGGUGGACAUUACGAGUGGGUUUAAAACCGAAGAUCAAACUGAAAGUCGUUCAGGCUGCAAUCCAGCUGGUUGAGGACUUUAAAGGCGUAUUUUAUGCUACAUCGAAAUGUUAUUCAGAUUUGGAGUUAUUCUCACUCCGGAGUGCUCGGAUGUCGAAGUGCUUGUUUCAGGUUCACGGUCCGAAAUGGGAAGUUGGGAUCCAAACAAAGCUAUUCAAAUGAAAGCGACGCAAGUGGUUCUGUCAAAACACGAGCCGUGUCUCUGGAUCGGCGAAGUGCAGCUGUCACAACCGUACACAGAAAGUGCCUGGUUCAAAUUCAUCAAACGCCUUCGAGGCAGUUACAUCUGGGAAGGCGAAGGCCCCCACCAUGACAGAUGCUGUGUGUAUGAUGAAAUGAAUGUGAUCAACGGAGUGUACUGCCACCCCCUCGGCCACUGGAUCGAAGAGACGGGGCACACGGACGAGAUGAAGCACACCACCAGCUUCUACUUGGGCGUAGCUCACCAGAAGGCGAUGCAUUUCUCCAGGGUUCAUCCGCGUGUGUGGCUAGGCAGCUGCCCCCGCCAGGUGGAACACGUGACCAUCAAGCUGAAGCACGAGCUGGGAGUUACCGCGGUGAUGAACUUCCAGACAGAGACGGACGUGGCUACCAACUGCCAGGGCUGCAGUCUCAACUCUGAGGACCCGGCCACCACGGAGACCAUGAUGCAGCUGUACAGGAACUGUGGCCUGGCGUACGUAUGGAUGCCCACGCCAGACAUGAGCACUGAGGGUCGGAUCCGGAUGCUCCCCCAGGCGGUCUUCCUGCUCCACGGACUCCUGGAGAACGGCCACACCGUCUACGUCCACUGCAACGCCGGGGCGGGCCGCUCCACGGUGGCCGUGUGCGGCCUGCUCAUGUACGUCCUGGGCUGGAGCGCGCGGAGGGCACAGUACUUUGUGGCCUCCCGGAGGCCGGCCGUCUACUUCGACGAGGAGGCCCUGGUGAGAGCCAAGGGCGACUUCCUCCAGAAGUUUGGACACCUGCGGUCGUCCAUCUCUUUCCCCUAGUCUGUUUUAGCUAAAAGAUUGGGGGUCUUUGUGGCAGUGAUAGGGGCGGACGAAUAGCUUUUUCUGUGUGUGUGUGUGUGUGUGUGUGUGUGUGUGUGUGUGUGUGUGUGAAAUGAAUGCAUAGGAGAGGGACUAACACCCCACCGUGGGAAUGAUGUGUAUGGUGGCAGUAGAGGACUUGGAUCUAAUGCCGAUGACUCAGCGAUGCUGUCGUCGCCAUACCCAGGGUCGAUUCCCUUAGGUCCGGAGUAUAAUGACCAAGGUAUGGCGGCUUAUAAAAACACAUAGUUACGUUCCUUGAUUCUGAUUGCCUCGAAGCCGUUGAUGAAAGCUCUGUAAUCACACGCAUACAUUUUGGUUUUUAUGACGAUCGAAAGAUUUCGGAAUAUUCAAACACAGCGGUGGUGUCAACACACUGUAGUUUGUCUACCAACACACUGAUAAUUCAGCACUAUUUCUAGCACUGUGAUUAUUGGGCUACCUGUGAUGAGCCGCUGGCUUUAUUAUAGUGUCAGCUGCUUCUGGCUGGGACGUCUACACAGAUGUUAACCUGUCAGUGGCGCUUUUGUUUUUAUUGGCACUUGUAUUGAAAAAGCGACUGAGAUUGUUAAUCUUAAAAUCUUAAAAGUAAUUAAAAGUAUCCCCCUCACUUGAACUGGAGCUAGGCGGCUAACUCUGCAGGUCAUUGGAGGUGGCUAACGGAAAGCAAAUGCUAACCCAUUGAACUCGCCUUCUGGACGCACAAUGAGGAAUUUGGAUAACAAUCUUAACAUAGAUCUAUUAGACCUCAUUUACAGAUGUACCAUCGUACGACAAACACAGGUAUUGCUCAUAAGACUGAUCAUGGGUCUGUAUACGUAUGUGCACAGACCCAUGUACCAGGGCACGGGCAGAAGACCAAAGUGAAGAUAACACGCACAGACCAUUAGUGGUGCUGAUAAGCAUAAAUGAUGCCUUCCUACCCAAUGUGAAUGUGGUAGGCUACACCGGUGUUUGCCCUGCUCUGACAGCUCAGUGAAAAUGCUCCAUGGUCAAUGUGCUCAUAUUAUCUACCCGUAAAAGUAGCAGACGCAAUUUUAGUGUUAUGAGCGACACCUGCGCACCCUUGUCCUACGAUGACACCGCUGUUAAGCGGUCUAUUAACCCUGUGGUUGUGUGUAGCUAUUAGCAACAACAAAACUCAAGCAACUAAGGGACUGAACACAAGAGUCAGUUGAGGACAAUGUCUUUUUGCCUCAGCCAUGUUUGUAUUGAAAAUCAAUGAAUAAAGUAUGCUUCUGAGUGGACCGAUGCCCCAGAAUUCAAAAGAGAGACACUGGUUCUAUUUGUCAAAUUCAAUAUCGGGCAAGGUUAAUAGGCCAGAAUUGUGGUGCCAGGGUUGUUUCUGAUAUGAAUUCAAGAUAGGAUUGAGCGAUAUCAGUCAAGGGGAGAACUGUUUUUCAUUUCCUUCUGUGCUUUGGCCUUUUUUUCUUAAAAAAGGGGUUAAUCCCUUAAAAUUAUCAUGUCUUUCUGAGCCGUUUCAUCAAUGAAUGUGAUGAGAGGAACGAUCGAGCAUAAUGCAAUGCAAAUAGAAAAACGAAAUUUCUUCCCAAACAACAAUAAAAUCCUACAACCCAA